AUGUCAAGUCCCCCAGCAGCCUCAACCCACCUGAAGAAGUCCAUACCGUACGACCAGUGGAUCAGCUACCGCAUCGGCCGGGGCGAGCAAGGCGUCCUGACCUUCGAGCCGUACAAGUCGUCACUACUCCCGCUAUGGCGCUUCCGGAGCGUGCCGAUCGCUCGAAAGAGCGCCUCGGAUCUGUGGGCCAGAUUCGAAGAGUUUGACGAGCAGAGUGACUUCGCCGGCAUGGAUAUGGUCCGAAAGUUCAUCCAGAUGGGCAUGACUCGGUCGAAGCGCUAUGCGAAUCAUGCCGGCGGACGGAAGUACAGGAAGGGAACGCGCGAGGAGCUGCCGAAGAGCGCGGCGCACAAGGACAAGCAGGAGAAGGAGGCUGCUAGUCAGAUCUUUCGGGAGGUGUGGGAGCGGUGUAAGGCGCAUGAGGGAUAUCAGAGGGGCAAGGAAGAGUUCUUGAAGCAGCAGGCUGAGUGGAGAAAGGGGCAGGAUGCGAAGUAA